CAACUGUCUAGCGCGUCAUCCAAAAGAAAAAGGAUGGCAAUCCCCAGUCUGGUCAGAAAGAAGCUCUAAGUCCGGGGUUGCCUUGGCACUAGGAGGGCUAGAGACAGCGUUGGCUGUUUCGCAUGUGAAAGACACCAUGUUCCCCGGGGCACUAUUGCUUGCUUAUAAUCCCCGGACCUGCCAUUGCUUCUUGUGUCUUUUUUGAUCUGUAUUGUCUCUUCUCUGAUACGUUUUUCACUCUCCUUGUACCUAUCUCAUUACAUACUCAGUCCACAAGAUGUCUGCGCGAUACUCAACCGCCGACGUGGCGUCGCAUAACAAGGGUGACAGCCUCUGGAUCGUUGUCGACGAGGACGUGUACGACGUCACCAAGUUCCAAGAUGAGCACCCAGGCGGCAAGAAGAUCCUCCAGCGCGUCGCCGGCAAGGACGCAUCCAAGCAAUUCUGGAAAUACCACAACGAGAGCAUCCUCAAGAAGUACCAGAAGCUUCAAAUCGGCUCGUUAGACUCAAAAGCCGCCCCGGCCGCCCCUCCACCACCGCCGCCAGCACCGAAGAAGGAGGUCGUUAAGCCAAAGGCAGAGCCCGGCGUCGUUGCGCCUCAGCCCACGGAGGCUGCGGAGGAGGAGUUUGAAGCAUUGGAUCCAUACGGUGACCUUGUUCCCUAUGCCGACCCAUCAUGGUAUCAAUCUUACCACUCUCCCUACAUGAACGAAACCCACGCCGCGCUCCGCGACGAAGUCCGCCAAUGGGUCGAAGAGAAGAUCAUGCCCAACGUGACCGAAUGGGACGAGGCGAAGAAGGUGCCCGACGAGAUCUUCCGAGACAUGGGCGAGCGAGGAUACCUGGCCGGUCUGCUCGGCGUGCACUACCCCAAAGAAUUCACAACAAACCACGUCAAGAGCGUGCCGGUCGAGAAGUGGGAUCUCUUCCACGAGAUGAUCAUCACGGACGAGCUGUCUCGCUCUGGCAGCGGAGGUCUUGUCUGGAAUCUUAUCGGUGGUUAUGGUAUUGGAUGCCCGCCUCUUGUGAAAUUCGGCAAGAAGCCUUUGGUCAAGCGAAUCCUGCCUGAGCUGCUCAGCGGCGAGAAGCGCAUCUGUCUCGCAAUCACCGAACCGGACGCCGGUAGCGACGUCGCGAAUUUGACAUGUGAAGCCAAGCUUUCUGAGGAUGGCAAGCACUACAUCGUCAACGGCGAGAAGAAGUGGAUCACCAAUGGUAUCUGGUCGGACUACUUCACGACUGCCGUCCGCACUGGCGGCGAGGGCAUGAACGGCGUGUCCGUGCUCCUCAUCGAGCGCAGCGCCGGCGGCGUGUCCACCCGCAAGAUGGACUGCCAGGGCGUGUGGAGCAGCGGCACGACCUACAUCACGUUCGAGGAUGUCAAGGUGCCCGUCGAGAACCUCAUCGGAAAGGAGAACCAGGGCUUCAAGGUCGUCAUGACCAACUUCAAUCACGAGCGCAUCGGCAUCAUCAUCCAGUGCAUCCGCUUCUCCCGCGUCUGCUACGAGGAGUCCAUCAAGUACGCACACAAGCGCCGCACCUUUGGCAAGCGCCUCAUAGACCACCCUGUCAUCCGCCUCAAGCUCGCACACAUGGCCCGCCAGAUCGAGGCCUCAUACAACUGGCUCGAGAACCUCAUCUUCCAGUGCCAGCGCAUGGGUGAGAUGGAAGCUAUGCUGAAGCUCGGUGGCGCCAUCGCCUCCCUCAAGGCUCAGUCGACGACCACUUUCGAGUUCUGCGCCCGCGAGGCUAGCCAGAUUUUCGGCGGUCUGAGUUACAGCCGCGGUGGACAGGGCGCGAAGGUCGAGCGCCUGUACAGGGAUGUCAGGGCCUACGCCAUCCCCGGUGGUAGCGAGGAGAUCAUGUUGGAUCUUUCCAUCCGACAGGCGUUGAGGGUGCACAAGGCUUUGGGCAUGAAGUUGUAAGAUUAUCAAAAAGAAGUUGUAUAUAUAUCCAUUGGUGUUUAGUUAAAUUUCGUGGUGGUCACGAUAGAUAUUUUAUUUGGGUGUAUGUAUUGAGUCGAGAAAUACAUCUGAUGUUCGUAUUAU